AUGAAGACCCUUCACCUCUUCAACAGGCCUGCAGAAGAAACUGCAGCCAACUUCACUGAUUGCAAUCAAAAUUUGAGAUUCAUUGCUGUUUCUGCUACCAUUCCUAACAUUGACGAUAUAGCUGCAUGGCUUGGAAGCAAGGGGAACCCUGCACUUUACUACAAGAUGAGUGAAGAUCAGAGGCCAGUUCCACUGAAGAAAGUUGUUCUGGGUUUCAAUAAAUCGAGCACAACUUCUGCUUUCAAGUUUGAUCUGUUGUUGAACUACAGGAUUCCAAACAUUUUGGAGACAUACUCUGAAAUGAAGCCUACUCUUAUUUUUUGUUCAACUAGAAAAGGCACUGUACAAACUGCUACAACUUUGGUCAAAGAAACAAAAUUUAUCUUUCAAAAUGAACAAAAACAGAAACUGAGACGAAUUUCUAAGUUAUUUUCUCUUAGCUUCCUGGCUGUCCUCGUUUCAACAAGCACUCUUGCUAUGGGUGUCAACCUACCAGCUCAUCUUGUCAUCGUCAAAUCAACAGAGCAUUAUGUCAUGGGAACGUUUCAGGAGUACACAGAGAGUCAAGUCUUGCAGAUGAUUGGCAGAGCAGGUCGGCCACAGUUCGACACGUCGGCAACGGCUGUCAUCAUGACUCAAAACAGCAUGAAGUCCAAGUAUGAAUCACUGCUGAAUGGCACCCAGCUGGUUGAAAGCACGUUGCACCUUCAUCUCAUAGAACACUUGAAUGCCGAAAUCGUCUUGAGAACUAUAACGAAUGUGAUGGUUGCUCACGAGUGGAUUAAAUCAUCUUUCCUCUACAUCAGGAUGAAUAAGAAUCCGAAACAUUAUGACCUCAACUCCACAAGUAAUGGCAGGUUGAUGGCUCGUUAUUGCGUUGCAUUUGACACCAUGAAAAAUUUUUUCACACUCACUGGCUCAGAAAGUUUUGAGCAGCUGUUCAAUGUAUUCUGCAGCAGUGAAGAAUUUAAAGAUAUUACCCUUAGAGUGAAUGAAAGAAGAGUCCUUAAUGAUCUGAACAAGCACAAAAGUAAAAUGACAAUCAGGUUUCCAAUGCCAGAGAAGGUGAAAACGAAUGUAAUGAAAGUCAACUGCUUGCUGCAAACAUUGCUGGGCUGCCUACCUCUCCAUGAUUUUGCACUGCAACAAGACACAAACAAGAUCCUCAGAUCAGCAGGUCGGAUUAGCAGAUGUUUGGUUGAGGUGGUCUGGUGCAAGCCUCACUUCAAUCUUCUACUCAACUCUGUCCUACUUAACAAAUGUAUCAAAACAAAACUUUGGGAAAGUUCAAAAUACGUUUCCAAGCAGAUCAGUGGAAUAGGUCUCGUGAUGGCGACAGCACUUGUCAACUCUGGAGUUACAUCUUUCGAAUCUAUAUUAAACACAAAUCCCAGAAAUUUAGAACUGAUGAUCAACCGACAGCCCCCAUUCGGCAACACCUUACAAGACAUCGUGAAAGCACUUCCAAAGUAUGAUUUCAAAAUAACACAGAACUCAACAAGCAACAGCAACAAAGCAGAGCUAACAGCUCGUGUUACGUUACUGAAUGCUGAACAGUUAAAAACUAAAUCUUCAACAGGCAAUUCACACACUUGCAUCCUGCUAGUAGGGGGUCCAGAUAACGCCAUCUUGUGUAAAGCUAAAAUUAAGGAUUCACAUCUGAUGGAGAUUCCUGGUAACACGUGGACUCAGCAAUUUUCCGUGGUGCAGUCAGCUGAUUCUGGUGAUAUACUAGGUUACUACAUCAGCCAAGACUGGGUUGGCUUUGAUAUUUCUCUCACCUUC